CCGUUCCUUGCUACGCUUUGCGUCGCUCUGGCAGGAGCAGUCACCUCCUCCUUGGCAAAUAGUCCUCGGCGGGGUCCCAGUUCUUGGAUAAUAGGAGAGGGGAGGCACGAGAAGUUGCGGUCAGGAGACGCGGGAUCGACAAGCAGAGGGAGAUAGGGACCGAAGUUUCUGCGAUAGUGUGCAAAGUUAGUUAAAAACUCCUUCCGACCUAAGGAUCCCUCCGCCUGCAGUAGCGGUGGUGAGGCCGAGGGAGCCGCCAUUUUGGAUGUUCGGUUCCUGCUGCCACUGCUACCGCCGCCCCCGGAGCUGCAGGUUUCAUUCGAGGUUUCGGGCCGAGAAUGCCAGCCCCCAUCAGAUUGCGGGAGCUGAUCCGGACCAUCCGGACAGCCCGAACCCAAGCCGAAGAACGAGAAAUGAUCCAGAAAGAAUGUGCUGCAAUUCGGUCAUCUUUUAGAGAAGAAGACAAUACAUACCGGUGUCGGAAUGUGGCAAAAUUACUAUAUAUGCACAUGCUGGGCUACCCUGCUCACUUUGGACAGUUGGAGUGCCUCAAGCUUAUCGCCUCUCAAAAAUUCACAGACAAACGCAUUGGCUAUUUAGGGGCAAUGCUGCUGUUAGAUGAAAGACAAGAUGUCCAUCUUCUCAUGACCAACUGUAUCAAGAAUGAUCUUAAUCAUAGCACGCAAUAUGUACAGGGGCUAGCACUUUGUACCCUCGGCUGCAUGGGCUCCUCAGAGAUGUGCAGAGAUCUUGCAGGAGAGGUAGAGAAACUCCUGAAAACCUCCAACUCUUACUUAAGAAAAAAGGCAGCACUUUGUGCUGUUCAUGUCAUCAGGAAGGUUCCUGAACUUAUGGAGAUGUUCUUACCGGCAACAAAAAAUUUAUUGAAUGAAAAGAACCAUGGUGUCCUUCACACUUCUGUAGUCCUCCUCACAGAAAUGUGUGAGCGAAGCCCAGACAUGCUUGCACAUUUCAGAAAGCUUGUGCCCCAGUUAGUUCGUAUUCUAAAGAACCUCAUCAUGUCCGGAUAUUCACCAGAACAUGAUGUUUCUGGGAUCAGUGACCCCUUUUUGCAGGUACGAAUUUUGCGGUUAUUGAGAAUUUUAGGACGAAAUGAUGAUGACUCAAGUGAAGCUAUGAAUGAUAUAUUAGCACAGGUUGCCACUAAUACGGAGACUAGUAAAAAUGUAGGAAAUGCUAUUCUUUAUGAAACGGUUUUGACUAUCAUGGAUAUUAAGUCAGAGAGUGGACUGCGAGUCCUAGCCAUAAAUAUCCUGGGUCGUUUCUUAUUGAACAACGACAAGAAUAUUAGAUAUGUAGCUUUAACAUCUUUGUUGAAGACUGUGCAGACAGAUCAUAACGCAGUACAGAGGCACAGAAGUACCAUUGUGGACUGUCUAAAAGAUUUGGAUGUCUCAAUAAAACGGCGUGCAAUGGAAUUGAGUUUUGCCCUGGUAAAUGGGAAUAAUAUUCGAGGCAUGAUGAAGGAAUUGCUUUAUUUUCUGGAUUCAUGUGAGCCAGAAUUUAAAGCAGACUGUGCAUCUGGAAUCUUCCUUGCUGCAGAAAAGUAUGCACCUUCCAAACGGUGGCAUAUAGACACAAUUAUGCGCGUUCUGACAACGGCAGGAAGCUAUGUUCGUGAUGAUGCAGUUCCCAACUUGAUCCAGUUAAUAACCAAUAGCGUGGAGAUGCAUGCCUAUACUGUCCAGCGCUUGUACAAAGCAAUUCUUGGUGAUUAUUCUCAGCAACCUUUGGUGCAAGUAGCUGCCUGGUGUAUAGGUGAAUAUGGAGAUCUUCUUGUGUCUGGCCAAUGUGAAGAGGAAGAGCCUAUUCAGGUAACAGAGGAUGAAGUGUUGGAUAUUUUAGAAAGUGUCCUAAUCUCUAAUAUGUCCACCUCUGUGACACGAGGUUAUGCCCUCACUGCCAUUAUGAAGCUUUCUACUCGAUUCACCUGUACUGUAAACCGAAUUAAGAAAGUGGUUUCCAUCUAUGGAAGCAGCAUUGAUGUGGAGCUACAGCAGAGGGCAGUAGAAUAUAAUGCACUUUUUAAGAAAUAUGACCAUAUGAGGUCUGCCCUGCUUGAGAGAAUGCCUGUCAUGGAAAAAGUGACCACAAAUGGCCCUACUGAGAUUGUGCAGACAAAUGGAGAGACAGAACCAGCUCCUCUAGAGACCAAGCCACCACCCUCUGGGCCACAGCCCACCAGCCAGGCCAAUGAUUUAUUGGAUUUGUUGGGAGGAAAUGACAUAACACCUGUUAUUCCAACUGCACCUACAAGCAAACCAGCUUCUGCUGGUGGAGAACUUCUUGAUUUGCUGGGAGACAUCAACCUUACAGGUGCUCCAGCUGCUGCUCCCGCCCCUGCCUCAGUCCCACAGAUAUCCCAGCCCCCCUUCCUGUUGGAUGGGCUUUCAUCACAGCCUCUCUUCAAUGACAUUGCUACAGGCAUCCCCUCCAUCACAGCAUACAGUAAGAAUGGCUUGAAGAUAGAAUUCACCUUUGAACGGUCAAACACCAACCCCAGUGUCACAGUGAUAACGAUACAGGCCUCCAACAGCACAGAGCUGGACAUGACGGACUUUGUUUUCCAGGCUGCAGUACCAAAGACAUUCCAGCUGCAGCUUCUGUCUCCUAGCAGCAGCAUCGUCCCAGCAUUUAAUACGGGGACCAUCACACAAGUCAUUAAAGUUCUGAACCCACAGAAGCAACAGCUGCGAAUGCGGAUCAAGCUCACAUAUAAUCACAAGGGCUCAGCAAUGCAAGAUCUAGCAGAGGUGAACAACUUUCCCCCUCAGUCCUGGCAGUGAGGGUCCAGCACCAUUCUCAUUCUUAUCCCACUCAAUCAAAGGAACUCUGGGAAGGAGAUUAUGAUCGCUGCAAGUCCCCCCCAACUGUACCAUGGGCAUGAGGAGCUGAAGAGAACUGUUGAGGAGGAUUUUCCUAAAGUUAUAGCUGACCUUGAAGCGUUGUUAAAGACUAAUCUCCUCUCCUCCACUGUUGAGGCCGGCUGCUUCUGGAGGCUACUUUGCACUCUUCCUCCUCCUCUCCUUUUUCUGCACUUCUCCACCCCUCCUACAUUUACAGCCAGAAUCAACAUUCCCUGAGCCCCUGAGGAAAUCAGCAGCUGGUCUGGAGGAGAGGACUGGAAUUCAUGGCAAGAAGACACUCACUCUGUCUCUGCAGCAAGGAGUUGCCCCUUCUUUUUACUGUGUUUCUCUGUGGACUGGGCGAGGUGGGGUAUUUACUCCUCACUAGCUGGGUUACCAUCUUCAGGCGCUUUUUACAUCUGGCAUUGAGAACGGAAAUGUAACAGUGGACAUGAGGGAGCCCUGCCUUUUUCUACUGGUUCCCCCAAUGUUUGAAAGAGGCAUUAGGCUCCUGGUAGCCUUUUCUGUGCAUUGCUGUAUACACACAGACACACACAUGUAUGUAUGUUUGUUACCAAGAACUGGUCAGACCUUGAAAGGUUAUUUGUAAACACUGGACAGAUGCAGUUAAAAAGAGCUUUUGUUUAGAUUUGGCAUGAAGGAUAUGGUGCUCUAUUUGUAAUAGAAACUUCAAAGGCUCUUCCAGCCCCCCUUUCUCUGCAUUCUUUAGCUGUAGUCAUGAGUACUCUCCAUGAUUUUCAAAACUGAGUCCCCUUAAAGUGCAAAGUGGACAAUUUACAAAAGAUAUAUUAAUAGUUAUUAAUGCCCCUAUUCCCACCACAAAUUUUAAAGUUUCUCCUAAACCCAUAACUUGCCUGAACUAUGGUAAAUGGGUGGAAAGAGGAGUUCGCCACUUUUAAAGUACAGACUCCUUAACAAAAGCACCUUUGCCCACAGGAAGAGUGAGUAUCUGAUUCACUCUAGAGCAUAUUGGAGUCAUCUUCUCCAUUACUCUAAAUCUCCCUUUUUAUUUCCUGAGCCUGGCUUGGACCUUGGCAUUCCGUUUGAAUUCCUUCUUCUAACUGGAACAUUUGUGUUGUAUCUGUAACACUGGCACUGAAAUAAAGACCACACAGUUAAAGAAA